CCGAUCCUCAACUUCCCAAUCUGCGUCUCCUGGUGGGAUGAAUUGCGCAUGCAAAGUGUCCUCACGCGACCGCCAUGGACGCGCUAGACAUGCAUCUCGCGUUAAGAACGCCUUCUCCACCCCCCAAACCCCCAAUGCAAACAUCACCACUUUCUCCGCUGUUUGUCAUCUCGGCGCUGAUUGGCCGGACCUUGGAGCAUCUGACAUCCACAUCACGCUAAUUGGUGGAUACGAACAGGGGUUUGUGUUGUCGUCAUUGUCUGCCGGAGCUUCCUCAUCGCCUAAAGUCCGAAGCGCACCCCUCUGACACCUGUCGCAGACUGACACUGCAUCUUUCGAUCCUCUCUCAAUUCUCAGGCUUUUCAUAGCAUCGCGCUUCUGAGUCUGUAUAUCACAGCAUGGCUUCUGCGACCGGGAUACCGCCAAAUGCCGCUGCGGCGCGUGGCCAGAGUGAACAAGAGCCGCUCCUAGGCAGAAGAGGAGAUGCUAGCCAGAUGCAUGGGCAGCCUCUCUACCAUAACCUGUGGAUCGGCACCGCUCCCAUCGCGCAAGCAGGCAUAUGGAUUCUCGCAGCCAUCAUCUGGGGAGCCAUCUUCUCCAACAAACUCAUCUUCUUCUCCGCGCACCCACUUCUCAACUCCGCCGGCUUCCUCCUAGCCAUCCAAGCAGCCCUCGUCCUCCAACCCACGCACACCCCCGAACAAAAGCGCUCAGGCACCCUCGCCCACUUCCUCUUCCACGCUGUCGGCGCCACAGCCCUCACCGCCGGCCUCAUCAUUAUCGAAAUGAACAAAGCCGGCCCCGGCCACGAACACUUUGAGUCCGCGCACGCGCGUCUCGGCCUCACCUUUUACAUCCUCGUGUACAUCCAGGCGAUUGUGGGCUUCACGCAGUAUUACGUGCCGCAGCUGUAUGGCAGUGUGGACAACGCGAAGAGUAUUUAUAAGUAUCAUAGGAUGUCGGGCUAUGUUAUUGCGGUGUUGGGUCUUGCGACGAUUUGCGCGGCGACGUGGACGACGUAUAAUUUGAAUUUGGCGCAUAUUCAGCAUUGGGCUGUUAUUGUUGCGAGUGUUUUGGUGCUUGUGGGUGUUGUGCCGAGGAUUCGGUUGAGUAAGUUUGGGUUGAAGAGGGAGGAGGGGGAGGUGAGAUUGCAGUAGAUGGGGAGGCAUGAGAAAUGAACAUGCUUGCGCGGGAUGAAGGAAAGAUUCAGUCGCAUACGAAGAGUACGAGUUGGGUAUACUUGAUAUAGAUGAUGCUAGGAGUCAUGGAAACGGCGUUGCAUAGUAGGGUAUUGGCAUCACUUCAUCUUCCACACUCUUCAUGUCUCUCUUGUUCCAGAAUGCACAUCUAAUGUGUCAUGCUUCUCUUCCAAGCAGAAAGACUUGGGGUAGAUCUCAGUUUUGUUCCUUGUGAAGCUAAAUGUGAGUAUGAUAUCAGGUGGGUGCUUUCGUUGACUAUGAGAUUAACAUCAUGCCAAAUUUAUAUACUGAAGUUACG